CUUCUGGAGUCUGUACAAAUUGAAGGUGUUCACAUAAUAUAAUAGGACGCGUUCCUUUUCUCUCAUUGUAUUUUUCCGACAGCCAAAUCAUCCACAAUCAUAAACAUUCCUAAUCCUAAGCAACAAUUUCCUUCCAAUCCAUCCUAUAUGAUCUUUCCUUCCCUUGAAGGUAUAUAGGGUUCUUUUUUUGGAUCUCAACCUGUCCCUCUUCCUAUACCAUAAAAGCAAAUCCAACCCAUAAAGAAUCCCAUAUUUUCUGUCUCAUCUUUCCUUACCUCAUCUGGGUUUUGUCCCUCAAUCCGAAAGGAUUGAAGUUCCUGAGCAUCUCUGGUGCAUGUUCUUGUUUUGAAUUUAAGUUUUUAAUCUGAUUAAUGAGAAAGAAGAGGAAAGGGAGUGAAAUUUUAGGCCCAAAACAGAUUGGGGCUUUCGAGGGAUCCCAUGAUCUUAAUUCAUCGGUAUCGAAUUUACGAUUUCAUUACUCUUUAGAAGAUUAUUCAAGGUUGAAAAAGAGAUGCAAGGAAGAGGGUGAUGGUGGGGUCGGGGGUUGUGAAAUUGUUAAGUCAUGUAAAAGUACUAGGCUUGCUGGCAUUGCUGCCACAGCGCCACCAUGCGGGGCCUCGUCCAUAGGGUUAUCGGGUCGAGGGCUUAAGCGGAAGAUAGGGUGUAUAGAUACCGCAACUCAAACUGGUAGGAAGAAUAAGCUUGAGGAUGAUUAUGAGUUGGUGGACAAGAUUGGGAGAGGAAAAUUUGGAUCAGUUUGGUUGUGUAGGAGUAAGGUUACCGGGGUACAAUUCGCAUGUAAAACACUGAAGAAAGGUGAGGAGACUGUUCAUAGAGAGGUGGAGAUAAUGCAGCAUUUAUCAGGCCAUCCUGGUGUGGUGACAUUGGAGGCAGUCUAUGAGGAUGAUGAAAGUUUUCAUUUGGUGAUGGAACUAUGUUCUGGUGGGAGGUUGAUUGAUCAGAUGGCCAGGGAAGGCCUGUACUCUGAGCACCAGGCUGCUAAUAUAUUUAAGGACUUGAUGCUGGUAAUCAAGUAUUGCCAUGAAAUGGGGGUUGUGCAUAGGGAUAUAAAGCCUGAAAACAUUCUUCUAACUACUUCUGGAAAGAUAAAGCUUGCAGAUUUUGGCUUGGCUGUGAGGAUUGCCAAUGGUAAAAUCUCAUCUCCUUGAAAGAAAUUACUCAAUUUUUUCAUUAGGAUUUGCAUUUAUACAUAGAUACAGAAGUUUUCUUUUCUUCUUUGGCGCUUUAUGCUUACUCUGUAGGAUCAUGUCUCUGUGUAUUUUCUUGGUCUUAUUUGUUUUGAUUUCUGGUGAUUGAUCCCAAAAAUGCUUAAUGUUUCUAAUUUUUACAGAAUGUUACAGAAGUUUGAUUUGCUGCUUUGGAAGUAGCUGAAUUUACUUUGUCUUUCACUAAUGCUUUUUUGGAUUUAAGUUUGGAUACCUGGAGGGAUAAGGCAGCUUUUUAUCUUGAACGUUAGCUCCAUGAAACGACAUGCUAGUGCAACAUGGAAGAGUUUGAAUCAAAGAAUGAAUCGCCAUUUACCUACUUGUGUGCAACCUUAACCUUAUGACAAUUUUGUGGAUCAAAAACUUUACUCUUGUUCUCAUGAUACGGUGUUGGACAGAUCCAAGGCAUUAAUGUGCACUCAGAAAGAAAUCAUUGGAUUUUCUGCUCUGUUGUUGAAGUUACUGGCUAGCUGUUAAUGUGGACUUAGAAAGUGAUCAUUGGAUUUUCCACUCUUUGUUGGACUAUUAGUGUUGUUGAAGUCAUUGGCUGGCUUUCAAAAGGAUACCGAUGAGCAUGUAAUACUGAUACCUACAUAUACCAGCUGACUUAAAGAAGAAGAAGAAGGGAAAAAGGUAAAAAUGGAAAAGGUGCCGAGGGUUGGGGGAGUUUGCUAACAGACGGACAAGUAAAUGACCAGAAGCGAAUAGAAAGCAUUUGAACUAAGUUAGGGAAGAGAAAUUAACAAUAUUUGCAAUGGAGAGUGAAGAAAAUCAAUGUGGCCAUACCUUUUUCGACCAUCAAUUAUAUUUUCCACUGGAAUUGACUCUCUGACCCCAUGCCAGAUCAGACAAGAUUGUGUAGAUGUGUUCCUUUUUUUUUUUUUUUUGCAUAUAUGUGUUUUCGUCAUUUUCACAGGAAGAGAAGCUCAGCUGCAUUGCUAUUCACGUCUGCUUAAUUAUUUACCUUGAAUAGAAGAACUUUUCCUUCGCUGUUUCUAUGUGUCUUUAGUCCAAUUGUCACUUUCCUACUAUAAUUUUAGCCUUGUUUUCCAGUGGUAAUUGGUGCUUUUGGUUUUUUGCCCACCCAAACC